AUGAACAGUCUUAGUUUGCCACGGAAGAUGACGGAAGAGAACAACUCAAACUCCGGAGAUGAAAACAAUGGUGACGAUAAGGGGGCGCUUGACCGUUUUCUUUUAAUGGUUAAAAAGCGCUUGACUUCUAUGAGGAACAAGUCUUCCAAAGACCAAGGUCCAAAGCUACCAACGGUAAACCCUGAAAACAGUUCCAAUUCCGCCUCAAGAAGUCAAAUUAACGCUUCAAUGGUUCAAAAUGAGAGCAAGAAGCUUGAUUCUAAAGACGACGGUCAAGAAAGCGAAGGAAGCAUCAGAGAUUUUGACCCGUUUAGUGAAAGGAUCGGCGAUGAAAGUGGAAGUGAAUCCGAAGUAGGGAGUCCAGAAUUUCCUCUCAGAAAGCAAAAGCAUAAGACUCUUACAGUACCAAAGGAUGGUGAUAAGUUUUGGGAAGACCUCCCAGAGGGCACUUUGGAUAGUCUUUUCAGCCAGGAUGCCUUGUGGACUAGUCUAGCCCUGACUUCCAACAAAUACCAUGUGUUUGGUUGA